AUGUUCCGAAAGCCCUCGCGCAGCUGCACCGACCCCAGCUUCAGUUUGAACUUCUUGAGCUCAUCCGCUGGCGGGAAGUGUUGGUUGGGGGGUGGCAUCCGAAUCACUUCUCCAUGCUCUGCCCCCCAGACACAGCUGCCUCAGCAGAAGCUGCAGCUGCAGGAAGCAUGCACGCACAAGGAGAGGAGCGUGGCGGUGCUGAAGCAUCAGCUUGUGGAGGUGGAGGAGACAGUACUUAAGUUCCGGGGGGCUAUAAAGGAGCAGCUGGGCAAGAUGCGGGUGUUUCUAGAUGCACUGGAGGGCUCUUUGGAUCGCGAGGCAGAACGUGUGCAGAAUAAGGCAGGGGUCGCCUUGCGGUGGAAGCUGAGGGGCCUGAACUCUUGUCUGGAGCAGCUGCAGCAGAUGGAAAAGGUGUUGGAGGAGGUAGCCGACAAGUCACAGACUGAAUUCCUCAUGAAAUAUUGCCUGGUGACCACGCUGGAGGAGCUGACUUUGGACCCAAGCUCAGCGCACCCGAGCCUGGUCGUUUCUGCCUCGGGCCGCCGCGUGGAGUGCUCGGAGCAGAAGGCGCCGCCAGCUAGAGAGGAUCCGCGCCAGUUUGACAAGGCAGUGGCGGUGGUGGCGCACCAGCUGCUCUCCGAAGGCGAGCACUACUGGGAGGUGGAGGUGGGCAACAAGCCGCGUUGGACGCUAGGAGUGAUCUCGGCCGAGGCCCCCCGCCGCGGCCGGCUGCACGCGGUGCCCUCACAGGGGCUCUGGCUACUCGGCCUGCGCGACGGCAAGACCCUGGAGGCGCACGUCGAGGCCAAGGAACCACUCGCACUCCGCACCCCCGAGAGGCCGUCGCGCAUAGGCCUCUACCUAAGCUUCCGCGACGGAGUGCUCUCUUUCUACAACGCCAGUGACCCUGACGCACUGGUGCUGCUGUUUACCUUCCAUGAGCGCCUGCCUGGGCCGGUGUACCCCUUUUUUGACGUGUGCUGGCACGAUAAGGGCAAGAACACUCAGCCACUACUGCUCGUGGGGCCUGACCGCGAGGAGGCCUGAGCCAGUCACGCUGGGCUGGGCGCUGGGUCCUUGCCCAUGAGGCUUAGGUCUCCUUUGUCAGGCUUGGAGGGGGACGGGUGGG